GGUAACAGGUGGCAGCUUCCAGGCUGCCUUCCAGGUAUAAAAAGGAGUGAGCUCAUAGGGGUGGGGCCCUGGGACUUGCAGGCAGAGGUGAAGGUGCAGCCAGGUGAGCCUAGGGCUCAGAGAGAGAGAGAAGGAGAGAGAGAGAGAGAGACUCACUCACUGGUCACCUGCCAGCCCAGCCUGUGACACCCCUGCCCCUCCAGCUGAGGAUGGAGCCCAAAGACAGAGAGCAGCUGGGCUGCAGGAGGAAGAACCUGCUCUUCCUGAGGCCCCGGCUGUACAUGCUGGAGAGGAGAAACACGGACACCGCGGUGGACAGCAUGGCAGCAGGCGACAGGGCCGGGCCCCUGAGGAGAAGCCAGUCCGACAGGACCGAGUAUGGCCAGAGGCUGCAAGAGAAGAUGACCCCGCAGGCCGAGUGCUGUGCGGCUGAAAGCCUGACUCAGGAGGAGGAGCAGCGGACCCAGAGGAUGAUGACCAAGCGGCUGAGGGUCAUACAGGAGCUGGUCCAGACAGAGAGAGACUACAAACAUGACCUGGAGCUCUGCAUCCGCGAAGUGGUCCAGCCCUUGAGAGAUAAGCAGGUUGACGGGCUGGACGUGGACACCUUCUUCAGCAACAUCGAGUCCGUGCAACAGGUCUCCGCCACACUGCUGUCCUUGCUGGAAGAAGCCACCACAGACGUGGAGCCGGCCAGGCAAGUGAUCGGAGACGUCUUCUUGCAGAUCAAAGGGCCGCUGGAAGACGUCUACAAAGUCUACUGUUACCACCACGACGAGGCCCACAGCGUCCUGGAGUCGUACGAGAAGGAGGAGGAGCUGAAGUGGCAUCUGAACCACUGUCUCCAGUCCUUGAAGAUGAUAUACAUACAAGAGGGCAAACCCAACCUGCUGGACAUGGGCUCCCUGCUCAUCAAGCCCAUCCAGAGGGUGAUGAAGUACCCACUCCUGCUGUGCCAGCUGCGCAACUCCACCCCCGCCUGGCACCCCGAUGCCAGGGCCCUGGAGGACGCCUGCGCCUCCCUCAGAGACAUCAACGUGAACAUCAACGAGCUCAAGAGACGGAAAGAUCUCGUCCUGAAGUACAAGAAGAGUGAUGAAGAGGAAUCGCUGAAGGAGAAAUUGUCCAAGCUCAACAUUCACUCCAUCAGUAAGAAGUCAAAGAGAGUGACCAACCACCUGAAGAUUCUCACCAGAGGAGAGUCACAGGUGAAAGACAGCACCUUUGACAGAGAAGAGAAGAUCUUCCGAUCUGUGGAAAAGAUGGUACGGUGCUGCCUGAGGAGCACGGCGCUCUGUCUCCAGCACAUGCAGGAUGCCAUGCCCCUGGCACUGCGGUGUGUGAUGCAACUUCGGAAGAUAGCACUCAGCGGAGAUGAGGAGCCGGGCCCCCCAGAGGGCCCCCAGAGCCCGCCAAACCCCUGGGAUGACUUUGCGGCCCAGCUGCAGAGGCAGGUCCUGGGACCCCUGGGGGCCCUGUUGAGCCUGUUCUCCGGGCCCCAGAAGCUCAUCCAGAAACGCUACGACAAGCUGCUGGACUACGAGGGCGGCGCCCAGGGGGGCCUGGCACGCAGGGAGUUCGAGGCCCUCAACGCGCAGCUGGUGGAAGAGCUGCAGGUGUUCAACCGAGCUGCCCGCGGCCUCCUGCUCAGCUGCCUGCACAGCCUGCUGGCCCUGCUGCGGGCCCUGGCCGGCCAGGCUCGGGGCCUCUACUUGGCCCCCGGCGGCCUGCAGGUGCCCCCAUCGGUCCCACACAUUUCUGAGAUUCAGAGCCCAGUGCUGGAAGAGGUUCACAGCCUGGGCUUUGUAAAGGACAACAGCGCCACCUUCAUCGAGAGGAAGCUCAGCUUUGAGAAGAAGAAACCUGCUCAGAUGCUGCCAGAAACUCGCCCGCAGACAGACACUCACCGCUCCAGACUCCUGUCGGUCUACAGUGCUGGGGAGCUCUACCAGGCCAAGCGCAGAUGCAACGCCACCCAGGAGCAGGACAUUCCCCUGCUGGAGGGGGAGCUGGUGGCCGUGCUGGAGCAGAAGGACCCCCUGGGCAGUUCCAGCAGGUGGCUGGUGGACACAGGAGUCGCGAAGGGCUACGUGUACGCCUGCUUCCUGAGGCCCUAUGACCCCGCCAGGAGCCGCUUCUGCGACAACGAUGACGACUUUGAGAAUAUCAGCCUUUUCGUGUCCUCGAGGCCGGCUGGGGACAGUGGGACUGACAGCGGGACCGGUGACCCCAGCUCUUCUCUCGGCGGCACUCGCGGGAAAUCCGAGAGCAGUGGGGAUGCUGAGGGCUUCCAGGAGGUGGAGGAACAGCCCGGGAAUCUCACUGUGUCUCUGAACGCGGCUGCAGUCAGGACACCCACAGUGGGGUUCCCGCUGCGACUCACACCCAGCCGCCCUGCCCAGAUCUUCUAUGCAGUCCACGCCUUCGAGGCCCGCAGCGCCCAGGAGCUCAGCCUGCAGGAGUACCAGAGGGUGCACGUCCUCCGCCUCUGUGACCUCAGCGGCAAUGAGCAGUGGUGGCUGGCGGAGGCGCAGGGCCAGAAGGGCUAUGUGCCCGCCAGCUACCUCCGGAGGAUGACGUAUGCCUAGGACACCCUUCCACCCUCGAG